GCGCUUCCUUCCGGUUUGGAGACAAGCCUUGUUCAUUGUACGCACUGUUCUGAAAGAAUACCGCGGUAGUGACACAAACUAGUGCUUUGCGUGGGCUGUUGGAGCGGUUACAGUUAGUUAUUCAGCUGUCAAGUUUAAAUCCGCGUUUCCUUCUUGCAAAACGAGCACUUUGCGACGUUUCUGCUUUCGGAUUUGUUGCUUUGCGGAGCCGUUUUCGAGCAACAUUGCGGUACUGUUAGCAUUUAAGCUAGCCUAGCAUUGGUUGUCAAGGCGAUCGACUGGACUGGGACUUUCAACGGGACAGGAACGUUCCCCAGAGCCACGAACGAGCCUGGAAACGACUCAACUCAGCGGUUAUCGAGCGCAGGAGUUGUUUUAAUCGUGAGUUAGCCGCGUUAGCUUCCUCUCCUGUCACUGCUUGUUUGACAAAAGCUGCGCCGCGUGAAGCAGUGAGGCUCCUGUCCGUGUUUACCGCGUGUUUCCAGCUUUGUUUGGGGGCUCUGGCAGAAGUGAAGAGGACAUGAACGGGUUUAGCACGGAGGAGGACAGCCACGAUGGUCCCCCGGCUCCACCGUUUUAUGGCCAGAGCUGCUGCCUGAUCGAGGACGGGGAGAGAUGCGGCCGAUCCGCUGGAAACGCCUCCUUCAGCAAGAGGAUCCAGAAGAGCAUAUCCCAGAAGAAACUUAAGCUGGACAUCGAUAAAAGUGUACGUCAUCUGUACAUCUGUGAUUUCCACAAGAAUUUCAUCCAAAGCGUUCGCAACAAGAGAAAGAGGAAGACGAGCGACGACGGAGGAGAGUCACCGGACCAUGACGUGGAGGUUCCCGAGGUGGAUCUGUUCCAGCUGCAGGUGAACACACUGAGACGUUACAAGAGACACUACAAACUGCAAACCAGACCAGGACUUAACAAGGCCCAGCUCGCAGAGACGGUCAGUCGUCACUUCAGAAACAUCCCCGUGAACGAGAAGGAGACGCUGACCUACUUCAUCUACAUGGUGAAGAGCAGCAAGAGCCGACUGGACCAGAAAGCAGACGGCACCAAAGCCCUGGACUGACCGGCCCCGCCUCCCUCCGUCUGCAAACCCCGCCACAACCAAACAAUACGUCUGUAGACCUCCAAAAACGGCUCUGCUUUGUUCUGAAAAACCAAAAGUCGAGCUGUCACCGUCGUCCUCUGAGGAGAUAGACUUUUACACAUAAAACACUGACUAGCAUGCUGUCUCUAUGGUCAAACUCUCCGCUCUUUUUUGGAGUUUCUUCUGCCAAAAAAACAGGUGUAAAAAGCAGAUGAACUUUAUCGGGCCACUCUUUGCUCCAGUGUAAAUGUGUACACAGUCUCACUGUCUGAAUGCAAUGCACCGACUACAUGUAUAGCUGCCUUAAGAGUCAAACGAAGCGUCAGUUCGGAGGUGAUUUUUUUUUUUUCUUUUUCUUUUUUCCCUUGUGCCAAAUGGGGAACGUGUUUAUGGAUCUAAAAGAGUGGACAUUUUUAACAAGGACGAAUGAACUGGUUUUGUCGAGUCUGGCUUUGCUUCUGUCACGUCCAAUAUCAACACAUUUAAAGGUGCACUUUGUAAUGUGUGUGUGUGUGUGUGCCACCUGCUCGUCUCCAUGGCGACUGCUUUGCUUGGAUUUUCCCACAGAACGGCAUUAAGCUUCUCAUUCAUUUGAUUACGGAUAUUUUUAAUAGAAAACUACAUUAAAAUCAUGCAUUCUGAUCACGAGCUCUGACUUGUAGCUUGGCCUUGUGCCGCCGUUUAUUUAUCUUCAUGGAGAUGGUUAAGUUUAAUGCCGUACUGUGAGACAUUACAGGCAAAGCGAUAACGAUUCCAUGGAAACAAGUAGGUUGCGCAGUGCACCUUUGAUAAAUUACACAUUCUUCUGACCUUCGAACAUUACAAUCCCAUUUUUAAACAGAAACUGCAUAUGAUUCACUCAGAUAAGACUUUAACUAUUUGUCUGUUGUUUUUUUUUUCAUUUUUAUUAAUUAAAUCACCCAAUAGCUGCCGCACGGAUGAAGAGACCAUCUUAUUUUAAAAUGAUUUACACAUUUACCUAAUCUGACGUGUUUGUCCUACAGGAUUGGGCUUUUCUUGUAAACACAAAGAUCUUUAAUAUAAUAAUGAGACAAACACCUCUUGUCUCUUGUGCAGUUGUUAAAGGUCCUGUUUUACACAAAAAUGAUUCCUGUGAACUUUUAUCUAUUUAUUUUAUGUUAUAAGGCUGUUAACACCUCAAAAACUUAGUUGAAACCAGAUACGCUAUAUAAAAAGACACAGACAUUUUUUUUUCUCACUGUCUGACAUGAAAUCAGACUAAACUUUUCCAGUUUUAGGUCAAUUAGGAUUCACAAAAUUUUUAUUUGCUCAAUGCCAGAAUAAAGAAGUGUUUUUUUUAGACAGUUUUUCACGACUUUCUUCUAAGUCUGAAGUUCACAUACAGCAACAUGACUCUGCCUUUAAACAAUUUUGGAAAACCCAGAUGAUGUCAUGUCUUUGGAAGCUUCUAAUUGGUUUAUUGACAACGUCUGAGUGAAUUAGAGACACACCUGUGGAUGUAUUUGAAGACACACCUGAAACGCACUGCUUCUUUGUGUGACAUCAUGGGAAGGUCAAGAGAAAAUCAGCCAAGAUAUCAGGAAGAGGAUUGAGGCGUUGCACAAGUCUGGUUCAUCCUCGGUGCAGCUUCCAGACGCCUGAAGGUGCCACAACCCAAGAACAAAAGCAAAAGACCUUGUGAAGACGCUGCUGAAGCUGGUAAGAGUGAAACGAGGACUGUACUGACAAGAGCUGAAAGGAAGAAGACAUUACUCCAAAAGAAACAUAAAAAGACAGAUUACAGUUUGCAAAUCCACAUGGGGACUAAGACCUUAAUGUUUGGAGACAUGUCCUGUGGUCUGACGAAACUAAAAUUUAAGUGUUUGGCCAUUGUUAAGUUUAGAAGAAGAAAAGGGAAAAGCUUACAAGCCUGAGAGAAUACCAUCCCAACUGUGAAACACGGGGGUGGAAGCUUCAUGUCGUGGAGUUUGUUUUGCUGCAGGACGGACUGGUUCACUUCACAAACUAAAUGGAAUCGUGAGAAAAGAACUUUAUGUGGAAACACUGAAGCAACAUCUCAAGACAUCAGCCAGGAAGUUAAAGCAGCUUGGGCACAAAUGGGUCUUCCAAAUGGACAAUGACUUGAAGCGUACUGCCAAAAUGGUGACAAAGUGGCUUAAGGAUAACAAAGUCGAUGUUUCCGGAGUGGCCGUCACAAAGCUCUGAUGUCAGUCCAAUAGAACAUUUAUGGGACAGACCUGAAAAGCCAAGUGUGAGCAAGAAAGAAUGAAACAAAACACAGCUCCGGGUUUGUUUGUGAUGAGGAACAAACAUGACAAAUAUCAGACGAUAGCGUAAAAUGGGCCCUUUUGCUAAUACUUUUGGACGUUGACUGACGCAAAGCCAAUGUUUGUUUUUAUUUAACUUUUGUUUUUCUUGUAGAACAUUUUGAUUUCUGUUUUUUUUUUGUUUUUUUUGUUUCAUGAAUGAAUCUAGUGAAUGUCUUUGUGUAUUUUUGAGUCCUGUUCUUUCCAGCUCUUUUAAUGGCUACACAUGUCGCUCAGACUUGCACUGCAAUAAUAUUUUCUACGCAAGUAUAAAAGAAACGAGCGGUUUUAGAAUAAUAACAGAUGCCUUUCUGACUUGUGUGAAUAUAGUGUUGUUUGUCCCAAGCGAAAUGAUUUCUCCAUAAACUCAAAGCCAGUUCGAAAGUGAGAAGCUGCUACUAAAUUGUGUUGUUUUUGCAGCGUUGCUAGCUUGCAGUGGUAUUAGCAUUUGACAAGCUACGCACAACUAUCCAAAGUCCAAGAUCCCACUGGUUUUCUACAUCUAGAAAUGACUUUUUUUCCACGUUCAAGUGUCUCAAAGCCUCUGGACAUCAAGGAAACCGCUCACACAUUCAUACACGAGUGGAUCACAAGCGUCAGUGGCUAUGUUUUGUUUUGUUUUUUUAUGUCGAGAGCGGGUUUCGAACCGUCAACCUUCGGCUCAGAGGACUCUACCAACUGAGCUCGCGUUCCUUAUUUAUUAUAAUUGAGUACUUAAAGUGUGUAGCCAUUAAAACGUGUUGAGAUUGUUCAUCGUUUUACUAUUUAAACUCAAAUUUGGACCUCCUUAAAUGCUUCAAAAUCUUUUUUAAUACAACAAUCAUGUUUUGACCCCGUGUUUUUAGCAAUUCACUUAAAUUAAUGCACUGACUAAAGUGGGUCUUUUAUGUUAAGUUACAUUUCAACAUUUUUGGCCAUAAAAAUCUUGCCCUUUUUUCAGAUUCUCAAACCCUGAACUCAAACGAACAUCGAGGUUUUCCAAAUAUAGAUUUCAGAAUUUGAAUUUGAAUUUCUCGUCUUAUUUUAUUUGCGUUUCCUUGUAGUGUUUUGUAGGUGUCACCGGUCUUUAUUAACUCGUAGGCACAACACAAUAAUCUUGUUGUUGUAUUAGAAAAAUGUAUUUAAAAAUCGAUCCUGGUAAUGUUAAUAAAUGUAUUGUACAGAUGAG